CUGGAACUGAAGUUUGUUGCUCCACCUCUACCCGGCCAGUUCGUCUACACGCUAUGCGUUCGCUCGGACAGCUAUGUGGAUUUCGACUUUGUGCACAAUGUUCCGGACGAAGAUGACGACGACGGCUACGAAGAAGAUGAUCUGGACGAGGAACUGGAUGAGGAUGAUGAGGAGGACGAUGCUGAAGAGGGGGAGGAUGCCACCGCCGGCGGCGAAACCAAGUCACACAUUGACAUUGACAAACUCUCCGAGUACGUGGCCAGAGCCUAG